AUGCUCACAUGCCGCGCCCAUGCUCACAUGCCGCGCCCAUCCUCACAUGCCGCGCCCAUGCUCACAUGCCGCGCCCAUGCUCACAUGCCGCGCCCAUCCUCACAUCGCCCAUGCUCACAUGCCGCGCCCAUGCUCACAUGCCGCGCCCAUGCUCACAUGCCGCGCCCAUGCUCACAUGCCGCGCCCAUGCUCACAUGCCGCGCCCAUGCUCACAUGCCGCGCCCAUGCUCACAUGCCGCGCCCAUGCUCACAUGCCGCGCCCAUGCUCACAUGCCGCGCCCAUGCUCACAUGCCGCGCCCAUGCUCACAUGCCGCGCCCAUGCUCACAUGCCGCACCCAUGCUCACAUGCCGCACCCAUGCUCACAUGCCGCACCCAUGCUCACAUGCCGCACCCAUGCUCACAUGCCGCACCCAUGCUCACAUGCCGCACCCAUGCUCACAUGCCGCACCCAUGCUCACAUGUCGCACCCAUGCUCACAUGCCGCACCCAUGCUCACAUGCCGCACCCAUGCUCUAUCACAGCACUAGCCUCUCACGGCCACCGUCCUCCCCCCCCCCCCCCCAUCGCUCUCCCUGCUUCCGAACCCGCCGUCUUUGUGGCAUCCCGGCCACACCUCCCUUCUCCCCUUCACCCUCCGUCCCUCUCACGCCUAUCUCUGCCACUCCUCUCCUCUCCCCUCUGCUUUGGCCCUUCUCUCUGUGGUCGCGCCCCGCGCCCUCUCUACGCCUCUCCUCCCCCCGUGCCUGCGCCCACCCGCAGGCCUACCAGCAGUGGCGGCGCGGCGCAUGAUGGAGAGUGCGGCGUCGGGCCCGCUGCUGCCACUCGUGGCGCGCAGAGUGGCGUGGCCGCCGCAGUCACCACCACCACCGCUGACGGUGCCGACCUCAUUCUGCUCGCGCCCUCCACUGCCGCCCCAGGGGCUGCUGCUGUCACUGCUAGCAGUGCGGGCCGCACUGCUGAUGCGGCAGCAGUGGCGCAGGUGAGGGCGCGGCAGGUGAGCAUCCCUGUGCUGGUGCAGCGGGGCGAGGGGGCCGCGUGGGCAGGGGGGGAGGGCGUGCAGUGGGUGCGCGGCGUCAUGGGCAGCGGCGCUGCUGGCGUGGCCGUUACUCUCUCAACGCUGCUGCAGGCGGCAGCAACAGAACCAGCCAAAGCAGCAGAAGGAGCGGAAGGAGCAGAAGCAGGUGAAGCAGCGGGUGUGGGAGGUGGCGGGGAGAGCCGGGCGAUGCGGGCAGCGGUGGGGCGCGUGGUGGGUGCCAUGGCUGAUGCUCGGUGGGUCACCAAGGGCAUGGGGGAGGGCGCGGGGGAGGAGAAUGAGACGGAGAGUGAGGGGGAGAGUGAGGAGGAGGGGGGGGAAGUGGGCAUGGGAGUGAGAGGUACAGCAGGGGAGGAGGGCAGCGGGCGAGGGGACGUGGAGGAGGGGAGGGAAGAGGUGAGGGAGGAGGUGGAGCAGGUGCUAUCUGGCGUGGGGGGGCCUCCGGGGCCCGCUGCUGCGAGUGCUGUGACGGGGGAGGAUGUGCGUGUACAGGGGGCAGGGGCGGGGGAGGGGGAGAAGGGGGAGAAGGAGGAGGAGGAGGAGGAGGAGGAGGAGGAGGAGGAGGAGGAGGAGGAGGAGGAGGAGGAGGAGGAGGAGGAAGGGGAGGGCAGGGAGGGGCGGGGGUUGCUGGACGUGGAGGGGCGGCGAAUCAUGAAGGCGGAGAGGAAGCUGCUCUCCUCGCUGCUCGCGCUGCUCCGUGCUGCCUGCCCCGAUAUGGCGGAGAUACAGCUGUUGGAGGACUCCCUCGCCCGCCUGGGGGAACCCUUCCUCGUCGUCGUUGUGGGCGAGUUCAACUUGGGCAAGUCGUCGCUGGUGAACGCGCUGCUGGGGGACGCGUUCCUCAACGUGGGCGUGGUGCCCAAAACCAACGAGAUCACGCUGCUGCGCCACCUCGACACCUCGCCCUCCUCCCAGCUGCGCGCGCGUGCCGCUCAGGCCACGUCCAGUGCAGCGCUGUCGGCGGCAGCAGCGGGGUCGCAGAGGGGUGCGGUGGCGGGGCGGGCGGCAGCGCGAGCGGUGGCGGGGCGCAUGGCGGUGGAGGAGCAGCGGCACCCCGAUGGGCACAUGAUUCGCUUCCUGCCCGCCUCAAACAGGUCCGCGCUCAGCCCCUUGCUACUAGCUGCUGCCAUUCACGGCUGCCCCGCUAAAUCUCAAACAUCCGGUCUUGUUGCUCAUUAUAAACUCUCACGUCGCUGCUCCUUGCCCCUCUCCCGUCCGUCCAUCUCCCUUGCCCCGGCGGUGGCAUGGGAGCAGAUGAACGUGGUGGACACGCCGGGCACGAACGUGAUAUUGGAGCGCCAGCAGCGCCUCACCGAGGAGUUCGUGCCGCAGGCGGACCUCGUGCUCUUCGUGCUCUCCGCUGACCGCCCCCUCACCAAGUCUGAGCAUGCCAUGUGCAUGCCAUGUGCACGCCAUGUGCACGCCAUGUGCACGCCAUGUGCACGCCAUGUGCACGCCAUGUGCACGCCAUGUGCAUGCCAUGUGCACGCCAUGUGCACGCCAUGUGCAUGCCAUGUGCACACCCAUCGAGUGUCACAUCGUCACUUCAACUACUUCCACGUUGCUCCCCUCAUCCCACCAACCAUGCAACCCUGCAGCCCUUCUUUCACACUCCACUCUCCACACCUUCCAUCCACAUCUCUGUCGCUCUGCUCAUCUGCUGCACACCUCCCGCAGGUAUCAUUCCUACGCUACAUCCGGCAGUGGGGCAAGAAGGUGGUGUUCGCGCUCAACAAGGUGGACUCGCUCUCCUCACCAGCAGACGUGAGGGAGGUGCAGGAGUUCGUCACAGCCAACGUCAAGCGCCUGCUCGCCGUCGACACCGCCUCGGGCUUUGCCGACCUCGAGAUCUUCAUCCAGCAGUUCCUGGAAGGUUCCUCCGACACAGGCGCAGAGCGGCUGCGGCUGAAGCUGGACACGCCCCUGGGAGUGGCGUCGGCGCUGCUGGCGGGCGCGAAGGGGCAGAUGACGGCGCAGGCAGAGGCGGCGGCGCGGGAUGACUCGGCGCUGGCAGUAGUGGAGGCGCAGAUGGAGGGGUACGGCGCCGCCAUGCGCACCGACUCCCUGCUGCAGCGCUCCCGCGUCGCCGCACUCUUGAGGGAGGCGGCUGGAAGGGCAGAGGAGUUUGUGGAGGCCACGCUGCGGCUGGGCAACGCUGACGUCAUGCUGCAGUACCUGUUCUCGCCGCCCGGUGGGGGUGGCGGGGGCGGUGGGGAUGGGGCGAGUGGCAGCGGCGGCAUGCUGCCUGUGAGCAAGAGCUUUCAGACACAGAUCGUGGGCACCGUGGUGGCUGACGUGCGGGUGAGUGCUGCCACACACGCUCACUGCCCUGCUGUCAUGCGUGCCAUGCCUGACGUGCAUGACAUCUCUGGCAUGCAUGGUACCCCGCGAGCGCUGGUGGAGCAUCACGUGUGGCUGCGCUCCAACAACGCCCGCCAGCUCGCCAGCUACCGCGACUUCGCCCGCACCCGCUGGCCCUCCGUGCCACCCGCCUCCCUGCCGCCGGGCAGCGACGAGGCUGGCGAGAGCGAGGGCGAGGAGGGGAGAUUUCCCGAGACGGUUGGCAUUCUGGAGGGGUUCAGCCCGCGCGCUGCUGCUCUGCUGCUGGAGGAAGAAAUUAGGGAGGCGGUGAGAUGCGGGAGUGUGUGGAAGGAGGGAAUGAGCGAGGAGAGAAAUGGAACUCGUCCUCGCAUCCAUCCCUUUUCCGCUAGUCCCGCAUUCUUUCUUUGCCCGCUUCCACCACCAAUCCCUCUCAGCCAUGCUCGCACCCCCUCUUUCACUCUCCACUUUCGACCCCUUGACGCUCCACCUCCUCUCUCUUACCCCUCUUUUUCCCAAAUAUUAUUCGUUUCAUUUCUUUACCUUUUUCUGCCGUGCCUCCCCAUUCUCUCCCCUUCCCUGUUACCCCAUUUCCACGUCCCCAUCACUAUCCUUUCCUUCACCUCCUGCGUGCCGCACGACCACAACACCGGCCAUGGCAUGGCACAGGUGGUGAGCACGGUCACAGGGCUAGGCGUGGCAGGGGUGUCGGCAUCAGUGCUCACGGACGUGCUGCAGUCGUCACUGGAGGACCUCCUCGCCCUCACUGUCUGCACCGCUGGCAGGUGA